AUGGCUUUUUACAGAGAUUUUGAAGAGGAAGGAGUGGUACUAGGUCAGCAACGAGCUUCUUCUCCAUCGUCUCUUUCCACAAAUGAUUCCACCCCUUUGUUGCAAUCCCCAGUUCCAGAACUCAGCUACGCCGUCAUCGAUAUCAAUCCCCGGAUAACUUACACCGCGCGUGGAAGAGCAGAUACCAUUGCCACCUCAUCUACCGAUACCGCCGUUGACUCCAAUGCCAACAACGCCGACGAUGCAGACCAAGAACAGUAUAACUCCCUACUCGAGGCGCGAAGAAAACGUUUAAAGUCCAAAAUCAUUCCGCUUUGUCUCAGCGUCAUGUUCCUCCUUGACCUCAGCGUUGCGCUCAGUGUGCCACCAACUAACGCUGUGGAGGAGAGCAUCAUUUGUCGCAACUUGCAUCCGGAUGUUGUCUCGCGAUUCGGAACCAGCACGGCGAGCAUACUUCUAAGCGAUAAUCCAGCGUGCAAAGAGGACGAUGUUCAGAGCUACUUGGCCACGUUGCAGGGGUGGCAGGCCACUUUUGACUGCAUCCCAAGCAUCCUCAUGACGAUACCGUUUGGAAUUUUGUCGGAUAAAUGGGGCCGAAGACCGGUGCUUGCGCUAGCGAUGUUGGGGUCUAUGUUGCAGAUGUUUGCGUUGUCUACUAUCCUAUUCCUCCCGAACAUUUUUCCGAUAUGGACGGUUUGGCUUACCUCUUCGUUUCUACUCAUCGGCGGAGGUGGAGGUAUCAUCGCAGCCAUGCUCUAUACCUUCAUAUCCGACAUCGUCCCCAUCGCUGAGCGAGCCACCCUUUUUUUCCAGAUGCACGCUACUUACCUCACAGCGCGCAUGAUUUCUGGGCCUAUAGCUGGCUCACUCAUGAUCACAAGUCCCUGGAUUCCACUCGUCCUCUCUCUGGGCCUCAUGACUCUCGCGGCCGCCACUACCCUUGUCUUCCCCGAAACUCGACAUCUGAAAGCCCAAGCUUCAUCAACCAAACGGCUAGACAAUGAAGAUAUUUCAACCUAUCCCUCCACAGACGACGAAGACGUUGGUAAACCCAUGUUAUCCUCCUCCUUACCACCGCUCUCCCCCCUUACCCAACCUCAGGCUCAGCAAUCCAUCACCACCAGGAUCAACGGCCUCGCCACCUCUCUCCGCUCUUCCACCCACUUCCUCACCACCAACAAAAGAAUCUGUAUCCUCACCCUUGCCCUCGGCCUUGUCGUCAUCGGCAAAUAUGCUCAAGUCCUCCUACUCCAAUACGCCACCAAGCGCUUCAACUACUCCUGGUCCGCAGCUUCGUAUCUGCUCACUAUCCCGAACUUUACUUCGCUGAUAACCCUCCUCUUCAUUCUGCCGUUCGUUUCCUCCUUGCUGCUUGGCACUUCUUCUCCCCUUCUUUUUACCUUUUCUUCCUCCCUCUCUUCUGAUACCUCCCACGCCUCUUCUGGGACACACUUUUACCACCUAAACCUCACCCCCCUCACCCCGCUACAAAAAGACCUCCACUUAGCCCGCGCCUCUUCCCUCCUCCUAACCCUUGGCUGCCUCCUCAUCGCCCUCGCCACGACCCGUUUGGGUUUUACAUCCGGAAUGAUCCUCUUCGCUUUAGGUUCCGGGUUAGGCUCGACGUUAAGAAGCUUGUUGAACGCGUUAGUGGACGAGGAGCACAUGGGCCUACUGAAUAGCGUGGUGGGAUGGUUGGAGAUGGUGGGCAUCAUGGUUGCGGGACCGGUGUUAGCAGAGGGAAUGAGUGAGGGGUUGAGGAAGGGCGGCGGUUGGGUGGGGUUGCCGUUUUGGAUGGCCGGGGGGUUGCUGACGGGGGCAAGUGGCUUGGUUUGGGUUGUGCAGGCUGGUGGGGAGGAUGAGAAGGGAAAGAGAGAGGCGAAUGUGAAUGGGAGGAGGGAGGGGGGAGGAGACGGGGAAGGAGAAGAGGUGUGA